CCUUGCAAGAACAGUCAGUAGCAUCUGAGAGCAGUGUUGCUGGAUUGGUCAAAGGAUUGCUUGGUAAGGCUGAGUAUUUAAUGGACAAUUCGAUUAGUGUUCCAUAUAAAAAAGAUCUGGAAAAAGCAUGGUACAUCUUUGAGA